AUGCCUUCCACGCCAGUCACCCCCUCAACUCUUUUCUACGCAGGCAGCACGACCAAAGCCUUCACUGCGGCAAUGCUAGCCAAACUGACAGAGGAUCCCGCAACAAAGAUCCAAUGGGAUACACCCGUCAGCCAAUUGAUUCCUGGUGAUUUUGCUUUACAAGAUAAAGGCACGGGGGACCAGGUUACCGUUGAAGAUGCGCUGUCGCAUCGGACAGGACUCCCGUCUCACGACCACGCUAGCUAUCGCACCAGCGUCCGCGAGAACGUCCGUCAGCUCGCCCACCUUCCGCUAACAGCUAAGAUCCGUACCAAGUUUCAAUACAAUAACCUCAUGUACGUGGUGGCCUCACAUAUUAUCGAGACCGUGACGGGUCAAUGGCUGGGCGACUGUCUGGCUCGCUAUUUCUGGGAGCCACUCGGGUUGACCAGCACUUACUUCUCCUUGAAUGAUGCGCAAGCAUCCUCUGCAACCCUUGCCGAAGGCUACUACUACUCCGGUCAUGGUGGCGACCCCUCGAAUGAUGACAGCUACCGCAAAGUAGACUGGAUGUCAUUGGAGGAGGUCUCUGGUGCCGGGUCGGUCAUCACAAACGUCCUCGAUUACGCCAAGUGGGUGCGUGCUUUUCUCCGCCCGCAAACAUUUGUCGAGAAAAACAUCUUCCAGAGUCAAGAAACAGUGCACCAACUGUGGCAACCACGGACCCUGAUACCAACAGAAGGCCGCCCUUUUACGGGCCCCAGGGCAUAUGCUCUAGGCUGGAGAACUGCAGUCUACCAGGGGGUUCAGAUCUAUGAGCACACUGGCGGCAUGAAUGCAUUCGGUGCACAGCUCCUUCUGGUCCCCGAACUACAAUUUGCUGUCAUAAUUCUGGCGAAUACAGCGCAAACUUCCAAUUUUGCCGCGCAGUUACUGGCGUUCCAUCUUCUCGACGAGCGACUCGGGGUCCCUGAGUCCCAGAGGUUUGAUUGGGAUCGACAAAACUGGUCACUGGUCGAGCAAGAAAAAAAACGAGUGGCGGACAAAAUCAACUAUCGCCCACCAAUUUCUCUUCCGCUCACGUUACCAUUGGACGAAUUUGCUGGCACGUACAGUCACGCGGGAUACAAGGAUGUCACCGUUUACUUGGAUAGCGGAGGUGUUUUGCGCGCUGACCGGAAGGAUAUGACCUGGCCAGAAAAUAUUACGUUUCAGCAUGUGACUGGGGAACAUUUCCUGAUGAUCUCGGCACAUAACGAGGAUUUUGGUGCUUUUUGCCCCGAGGUCUACAAUGCUGAAUUUCGAAUCGACAUUGAAGGAAAGCCUUGUACCUUGGGAAUUGCCUGGGAGAGGGCAAUGGGAGGUGAAAAGAUCUGGUUCGUGAGGACCUAA